CCGGGGAAUGACAGCAUCGACAGUCACGGCCCUUCUUCCAUCCAAGCUGACUGCAAAACAUCGACAGAAAGAGGGUGUCUGCCUUUGGACUUCGGGUUCUGUGUUUGGGGAAUUUGUUAUUUAUGUGCCACUGGGAGCAGAAGCAGCAUGGCAGAUGACAAGGACGUGUUGAGAGACGUGUGGUUCGGCCGGAUCCCCACCUGUUUCACUUUGAACCAGGAUGAGGUUACUGAGAGAGAGGCCGAGCCCUACUAUCUGCUGUUACCCAGGGUGAGCUACCUGACUCUGGUUACAGACAAGGUGAAAAAACACUUCCUCAAAGUGAUGAAGGCCGAGGACGUGGAGGAGAUGUGGUUCGAGUAUGAAGGAACUCCACUUAAGUGGCACUAUCCAAUCGGAGUUCUUUUUGACCUCCAUGCCUCCAACACUGUCUUACCCUGGAGCAUCACUGUGCACUUUAAGAGUUUUCCAGAUAGUGACCUGCUCCACUGCCCGUCCAACUCUGUGAUCGAGGCUCACUUCAUGUCCAGCAUCAAGGAGGCCGACGCCCUCAAGCACAAGAGCCAAGUCGUUAACGACAUGCAGAAGAAAGACCACAAGCAGCUGUGGAUGGGCCUGCAGAACGAUAAGUUUGACCAGUUCUGGGCCAUGAACAGGAAGCUGAUGGAAUAUCCCACGGAGGAGGGAGGCUUCAGAUACAUCCCCUUCAGGAUAUACCAGACGAUGAGUGACAGGCCGUUCAUCCAGAAACAGUUUCGCCCUGUUUCACCUGAAGGCAACGUACACACACUUGGCAGCUUGCUGAAAGAAAUGUACCCGGCUGCCAUACCGAGUGAUGGUGAGCAGAAGCGUUACCAGGUGAUGAUCCACGGCAUCGAGCCGCUGCUGGAGACUCCUCUGCAGUGGCUCAGCGAGCACCUCAGCCACCCCGACAACUUCCUGCACAUCUGCAUCAUCCCCACCCCCACCGACUGAGGUCGCGCCCACCCGACCAUCACCAUCACCGUGACGACCGACCGACCGACCGCAGCUGAGCCACCAGCCGGCUGUCAGAUGUCCCAGGAAACGGUAGCUCUUGACGGUGGAAACUCAGAACUAACAGACUCUUCGCUGAGAGGGAGAUAAAAGAUGAAGAAAGGAUGUGAAGGAGGUAUUUCACAAACCUCCUUUUCCAUCUUGUUUACUUAGAUUUCUACUCCUACUUCCACUACUGCUCCUCUUUUCCUCCUGGGAAAACUUGUUUUUAGGACGAAAAGAUCUUCUCUUCCUCCUCAGCUCCCACAAGAAGAGAAGAUUUCUUUAGGUGAAGAGAUGGUUGAAUGAGCAGAGGACCUCUAAUUUUUCUACUCCGCCGUCUCUUUUCCUCCGCCGACGAAAACAUCUCCACGGGAGGAGAAGAGGAUGGUCCCCUCGUUUUCUCCAUCCUGGUAUUCAUCCUUUCUCCCCAGCUCAUCCAAGAUAAAGACUGUCCUGUCGACAGGGAGAGACACGUUUUGUUUGGGGUUUGGGGGAGAGCGGUGCAUCGAGUCCUGCUGAAGCUGCCUUAGUUACUACGGUUAUGCAUUUUUAUUAUCAUCACCAGCCUCAUCAUCAUCAUCAUCGUCGUCAUCAUCAUCAUCAUCCACUCUUGAGUUUACAUCGGAGCCUGGAGAAAUGUUUACCAGGCGACUUUUUCUGUUGCUUAGUUUUGCUCGGAUGAACUUUUUUUUUUUUUUUUGGUGAGCUUGAGUAAGAAAAGGACGGUGACCGAUGACAUCUGAUCUGACUCCAGUGAUCCCAGCACACACACACACACAGGAGCUGGUUUGGACUAAUAGCAUCAUCACUGAGACAAACUGGCACUGCCCCUGAAUUAGCAUUAACUUACAGCUUUAACAGCAUUUUUACAACGUCUUCAUUUCAUAGUUUAAAUAAUCUGGAUGGACACAUGGUCCUCGGGACUUAACGGGGUUCUGCAGCUAUCAAAACCAAAUGGAUGAAGUGAAACCGACCCGGUGUUUCGAGCUGGAAGCGAGGCUGCACUCGUCUGUUUUUAAACAUUGUUUUGUCGUUUUACCGUCUCUGCAGAGGACAACAUGGAGAUAUGAGUUUAUUCACGGGGUUAUAUUUGAGCAACAUCGAGCUAUUUAUGAGGCAGAGCAUUUUUGUGCAAGGGGUCGUGGGAAAUAACUUCACACGUGUUUCCAAUAGCAGGUGUUGAUUUCUCUCCAUCAAUACAACACAGUUAAAUUGUUUUACUGUCUGUUUUUGUCACAUUUGGCUCCGGCCUCUUUGUCUGCUGCCAAACUUAAAUGAGCAUCUGGUUUUGUUUGAUUUCAGCUUAGAUGGAGAGACAUCAGGAGCGUUUAGCAUGAAGUCUGCAGGCUGACACGUCCUGUCUAUUCUUUCUGUGUCAGAAACAAAACGGGAAACAAGCUGAUGUGACUUUUGACAGAGCGCUAACUUUUGGCUUUGGUUGAGGGCUGCCCACAUCAGAUUACUUGGCUGGACCAUAAUUAAUUUUUUAAUCAAAGUUUGCGUCUUGUCUUCUUCUUCUUUGUUUUUCUAGUUUUGUUUUGUUUUUUUACGCAUCUGUUCAUACUGAAAUAAAAUGACUCUUAAAGCAUUCGGCUGACACUGUUAUCCAGAGUGACUUAAAUAAAA